GAUGACGAGCGAUCAACAACCCAGUCACAACGCAGUCGUGAUCCACAUUCAUUUAUUCCUUCACUAACUAGUGUAAGUGAAGAGGCACAAAUGGAACAGCUGGAUGAUGCGGAACAACAGCAUGAUGAGUCACCACAAAAGAUAUCUGCACUGAAACUCAACUGGAAACAACGGUUACUCGUAUGCAUUGGAUGGACUGAUCUAAAAAGGAUAAGGGAGCAACAGCAACAACGGCAAGAACAAGACAAUAAAGCAAAAGAAGGAGUUGACCGCUCCUCGCCAGUCUCUGGCAUGAAAUCUACU